UGCGAGCGAGCGGCUGACAUGGCGCACUUGGGGCGUCUCCUGGUUCCCCUGGCAGCCCUGGCCCUGUUGCUCUGGGCGGUCCCUGGGGCCCACGGGCGGCGGAGCAACGUGCGCGUCCUCACCGAUGAGAACUGGACCUCGCUGCUGGAAGGAGAGUGGAUGAUAGAAUUUUACGCUCCCUGGUGUCCUGCUUGUCAGAAUCUCCAGCCGGAAUGGGAAAGUUUUGCUGAAUGGGGAGAAGACCUCGAGGUCAAAGUCGCAAAAGUAGAUGUCACCGAGCAGACAGGACUGAGUGGACGCUUUAUCAUAACUGCUCUUCCUUCUAUUUAUCACUGUAAAGAUGGCGAGUUUAGGCGUUAUCUGGGCCCAAGGACUAAGAAGGACUUCAUAAACUUCAUCAGUGAGAAGGAAUGGAAGAGUGUGGAGCCUGUGUCCUCAUGGUUUGGUCCAAGUUCUGUUCUGAUGACUACCAUGUCAGCACUCUUUCAGCUCUCUGUAUUCAUCAGGACUAGCCACAGCUACCUUGUUCACGACCUUGGCUUUCCAGCGUGGAUCUCAUACUUGGUCUUUGCCUUUGCCACUGUGCUUUCAGGACUCAUGUUGGGACUUCUUUUGAUAUUUGUGGCAGAUUGCUUUUGCCCUUCCAAAAGGCGCAAACCACAGCAACAGCCUACAAAAAAACCAUCACCGGAAGUUUCUCAACCUCAGAAAAAAGUGGAGGAGAAACGAGAGGCUGCUGAAGAAGUUGCUUCAGAAGAGGGAACAGAAAAUAAAGAGGGAGCAAGCCAAGACACUCUGGAGAGUAGCAUAAGACAGCGCUGUGUGGGCCCGCCACUGGCCACAGAUAAAUCCUAAUUUUUACAGAUGUCUUAAUAUUAUGGUUUUGACCAAACAGAAGAUUGCUACCAUUUCUCUGUUUUCAAGUGAACUGUGACUUGCUUGUAUAUAUAGUCUAGGUUGUCAUUAGGUUGGACAGUUCAUUCAGAAAAUAAAAGUUAGGCAUAACAGUUUGAAAUAUGAUUUAAGAAUAUUAUGAUGUUUUAAAGUUGUUUAAUUUCAGAAGAUCCUGGUGCCAAGCAGUAAGAUUUGUGUUUAUAUUUAAUGAUCUGUUUUGUGGAGAAUCAAAACUGCCUUUCCCAAGAUUUGCAUUACUGGGGUAUUUAAGACAAUUACUUUAGAGAGAAAGAUUUCUCAUUUCACAUCAUUUUUCUCAGUUUCACUGUGUGAAAAAAGGAACAUAUUUCCCAUAACUGGGAACGUUGCCCAUUGUUUCAAGAUGUCUACUUCAUUGAUAACGCUGCGCUUAGGUAGAGUCCAAAAUUUCCUCAUAGAUUUUGGAUUAUACAGCUAACAGAACUACCUUACUUUAUAGCUUUCAUUUCUACACAUACAUAUAUUUAGGAUAUGCUGCUGAUUAAAGAAGUCUUUAUAAGUCUGUGAUAUUGUAUUAAUUCUUAAGGUUGAUGGCCUGUUUUGGUCUCUUGUUCACUAUAUGAUUUUUAUUUGCCAUGGGUUACAUUUUUAAGUCGGAUAAAAUUAACAGUAUCACUGUUGUGCUUUCUGUGGGUAAACAGUACUUUCCUAUUGUUUUAAGUUGAAGUUUACUGAGAGAACAUCAAAUUGAACUGUUUACUUGAAAAUGUACAAAUUUGGCUAAACAUUCCAGAUUUUAAAUUACUAUAGUUAAGUGGUCUUCAAGUUUUCUUUGCUUUUCUCUUUUUAAUGUGAAGGUGAAAUUUUCUGAUUUUUAAAAUUUGAUGUGGAAAAGCUUUGGUAUUUUAUAUUUUGGAAAUUCAGAGCUUAAUUUGAUGUAAAAUGAAGUCUGCAUUCUACUUGAGAAACAUCUACUACUGUGUGUUUUUCGCAUAUCUGUCUUCUACAGAUUCUUGAUGGAUUUUAUAGUCAGUAUAUUGCUUUGUGUUUGAAAAUUGUAACAUUGUUAUGUUUAAAGACAAAUUUUGUAUUGUAUUGUUCUUGUCUGCUAGUACUGUGCAUCUCACAAAUGGAAAUCAGCAAGAUGGACUACAUCCAUUUUCAUCAUACAGCAGGGAAGGGGAUUAUGAGGGCGCUCUUGAUGUCAGGAAGGGGAAAGCAGACCAGGUUCUCGGAAUGAGUCAUCCAGCCUUUGUGGAAAGGUGGUUUCUGUGACGCCCCCUCCCCCACGUUCUCUGUGAACUCCUUAGCCUUGCUGUGCUGUGUUGUGACGUGCAACAGCUUCCUUCUAGGCCUCUCCUUUAUGAUAUUAAAUGUUCUGCUGUCGGAGUUGGGAUAUGUAGUUUGUGGUGGCUUAGAAAAACAUUCUAAGCACAAAAUAAAUGUUUCUAAGCACUUCAAUAAUGUUGGAGAAAAGUA